AUGUCCACCACUACUGAGGCCGGCGAGAAGCGCGAGGGCUCUCCUAAAGAGAACGAAAAUACCAAGCGACAGGCCCACAUGCCAAGCCAGUCCUUCUACUUCAAGCAGACAAGCGAUGUCCCCGAAUCCCUCCUGCAGCAAGAAAUCUGCAAAUACAUCAUUGAAUUCCUAGACACCGAGCUCCAGGAGAGCUAUCAGCUUGAUGCAAAUGGUAAACGCUCAAACCAUGCUGUUGCCAAACUCUUUUUCAAGCACCCGCUGAAGGAGGAUACUCGCGAUGCACCUGCUAACACUUUAGGACUUAUGAUCGACCUUUCGGUUCGAAAUAUCGGCGGAGUUUGGUUCAAGCGAUAUGUCGUUUCUGACCUUGAAAUCAAGACUUUCACUCACGCCGCGCAUAGACUUGCUGUGAAGACUGUCGAAGUUCCGCUCAAUGCUGCCUACCCUGAUAUGAAGGCUAAUGAUUUUCUCCAGGUCCUCAUUGACAAGCAGAUGCUUCCUUGCGGAUUCAACACUGAUGGCGACGCCGUUGGAUGCCGAGAUUUUGUAUCCCAACUAACAUUCCGCCUCAAUGAGAAAGGCUUGCUAAACAUCACAGCUGACAACCGCCAACAGAUCUUCGGCGCCUUCAACGCCAACUACGGCCCCGAGAAGGACGAGGCCCGCUACGCCAAGACACCCUACGCCGCCUGGAAUUCUGCAUACACGGAUCGACACCACGAGAUCCAAGAAAUCGAAUAUAGAGGCGAUCGUGUUAUUUGCGAUGGCUCGGAAACCGAAUAUACUUCUACUUCUGCCACUUCUAGCUCCAAGGGAAGCGCUAGCAUGGAUACCGGUACUGGAUCCUCGGGUACUAACAAGGCUUCUCCCUCUGCGGGUGGUAAUUCUUCAGGCGCGCCUAGCCCUUCGCGCUCGGCGGGAAGCGCUAGCAUGGAUACUGGUAGUGAGUCUUCUGGUACCCCCAAGGCUCCUCGCUCUGCGAGUAGUGGCCCUUCGGGCGCGCCUAGCCCUUCGGGCUCAGCGGGAAGCACGAGCAUGGAUACUGGUAGCGAGUAG